GAUGGUUUGGUUUUUGGUACAGAACUGCGUCACCGACAGAGAGACCAACCGAGCGUCCUGAAGGUGUAGAAGCUCUGGAGGGCAUGGCAACGGGUCUUUAUAGUAAAGCCUUCAAUGCUAUUGUAGCACUCAUCAAUAGAUGUAUAUCAACGUCAGCUCACACCAGCAGCUCCAUCUUGGUGGUGGAUGCUCCAGGUUUCCAGAACCCAGCGUCGUGUGGCAGAACCUCUGGGGCGACCUUCCAGGAUCUCUGCCACAACUACACACAAGAGCGCUUCCAGAUGCUCUUCCAUGACACCACAUUUACUGCCCAAACUGAUAGAUAUGCUCAGGAAAACAUCGAGUAUGGUGAUGUAGCUGAUGAAAUUGGUACUCCGGCUCCCUUAAUUGCACUCAUAGACAAAGCAUCUUCCAACUGCGUUGUGCGAACCUCUCAGAUUGACCUGAGGGAGAGUGACCGACGAGGACUGCUGUGGCUGCUAGAUGAAGAGGCAAUAUUUCCCGGUGCAUCUGACCAGUCCUUCUUGGAGAGACUCUAUGCUCAUUAUGGAGAUAGAGAGUACUCACAACUGUUGAAGAAAGGAGCGGCUGCAGACCAGUUCACACUACAGCACUUCCAGGGUACCAACCCUGUCACAUACUCCAUCCAACACUGGCUCAAGGCAUCACGUGAGAACCCUGUCAUGAGACAAGCUGCUGCACUCCUACAGGAAUCCAACAAGUAAGCCACUUAA